AUGGCCCUGGAAAAUGCUUCCUUGGUCACUGAGUUCAUCUUGAUGGGGUUAACAAACAGACCUGACCUACAAAUACCCCUGUUCCUACUCUUUCUGGUGAUGUACGUGAUAGCUACAUUGGGGAAUUUAGCUUUGAUCAUGCUGAUUAUUCUGAAUUCUCACCUUCACACUCCUAUGUAUUUUUUCCUCCUUAACUUGUCCUGCAUAGACCUUUUUUAUUGUUCAGUCAUUACACCUAAAAUGCUGAUGAACUUUGUACUAAAGAAAAAUGUUAUUUCUUAUGAGGGAUGCAUGGCCCAGUUCUAUUUCUUUGCCUUUUUUGCAAUUUCUGAAUGUUAUGUGCUGACAACAAUGGCCUAUGAUCGCUAUGUGGCCAUUUGCAAUCCACUCUUGUACAACAUUGUAAUGUCUCCUAAGUUGUGUUCUUAUCUUAUGAUGGGUACAUAUUUGAUGGGGUUUUCUGGUGCCAUGAUCCAUACUGGAUGUAUCCUAAGACUGACAUUCUGUGAUAAAAACACCAUCAAUCACUAUUUCUGUGACAUCCUCCCUUUGCUCCAGAUCUCCUGCACCAGUACCUAUGUUAAUGAGAUAGAGUUGUUCAUUGUAGCAGGAAAGGAUAUUAUUGUUCCCACUGUAAUCAUCUUUACCUCUUACGGCUUUAUCCUCUCCAGCAUCCUCAAAAUAAGCUCCACAGCAGGAAUGUCCAAAGCCUUCAGCACAUGUAGCUCUCACAUAAUCGCUCUUUGUCUGUUCUUUGGAUCAUGUACAUUUAUGUAUCUAAAACCCUCCUCAGUUGAGUCUAUGGACCAGGGGAAAAUAUCUUCUGUCUUUUAUAACAUUGUUGUCCCCCUGAUGAAUCCAUUAAUCUAUAGCCUUAGGAACAAAGAUGUUAAAAUUGCUAUAAAAAAAACUAUAACCAAAGGAAAGUUUUAA